UCGGCUCUUCAACACAACUCGUGCCCCGCGAUGAAUCUCGCGGAGCCGCUCCUCCCCGUCGCGUCUCCGACGCCGGCUACGCCGGCUGGCGCUUCCGGCUCGGGCGGCGUCGGCUUUGGCAUUGGUUCGGGUGCAAUCGGCGGGGCACGGCGGGUGCUGGGGAUCGUGCAGGAGUACGUGGAGGCGCUCGGCGCGAGCCUGGGCGUCGAGUCGGAGGAGGAGGCGCGCGCGUGCGUCUGGCUCGGCCUGCAGGCGCACCUUGCCAACGCGGUCUUCACCAUUGGCCGCAACAUCGGGCCGGCCAUGUUCAUCGCCAAGGCUGGGGCGGCGCAGCUUCCCAUCGUGAUGUUCAUCUCGGGCUUCUCGGUCAUCGGGAUCGGCCCCGUUUUUGCAAAGUGGUCCAAGGGCAAGCGCGCGGCAAAGGUCAACUACGAGUUCUGCCUCUUGUCGGCCGCGCUGCUGCUGCUGCUACCGCUGCCGAUUGCCAUGAGCACGCCGGGGUCGGCACUGGGGAUCGCGGCCGCGUACAUGCUCUUCCUCGCGGAGGACCUGCUGCCGAUGCUGCUGAUGAUGCAGUCCUCCUCCCUCGCCCAGGGCUCCCUCACUGGCCACGCCGCCAAGCGGCUGCUCGGGCUGAUCCAGCUCGGCUGCUCGACCGGCGCGAUGACGGCUGGCCUCGCGAUCGCGCCGCUCGUGAGGACCUUCGGCUCGACGGCGCUGCUCUUCGUGCAGGUGCUGCUGCUGCUGGCGUCGCUCUGGCCCAACCACAUGGCGUGGUGGUACGAGGACUUUGACGAGGGCCGCGAGGGCAAGAAGAAGGAGGUGCAGGACGCGAGUGCGGCGCCGACGACCUCUCCGGCCGGCCCGCAAAAGGCGGACGACUCGCAGCGGGCGGCGCAGCAGCCGAUCUACCGCUCGCCGAUGAUCGUCGCGCUCGCGAUCAACACGUUCGGCAUCAUCUUCUGCAAGACGAUCGUCGAGUACCAGUACAACGUCCUCCUCGCGAGCGUGCUGUCCACAGACGAGAUGGUCGCGAUGACCGGCCAGCUCUACGCGGCCGCCGGCUUCUCUGCGUCGGUGCUCAACGUCUUCAACUCGCCGAUGAUGCGCGCGCUCGGCAUCACCACCACGCUGCUCAUCUGCCCCGUCUCGCUCUGCGCCUGCCCGCUUUUGAGAGUGCUCGAUCCCGGCCUCAACCGGCGCCCGGUGCCGCUAGUGUGGGCCGCGUUCCUCGGCCGGCUCGUCGACCUGACUCUGCGCUGGUCGAUCAACAACUCGACCAAGUCGCUGCUGUGGAUCGCCACGCCGCGCGAGAUGCAGGUGCGCGCCAAGCCGAUCAUCGAGGGCACCGUCAAGAAGAUGACCGGCUCGUGCACCGCCUUCUGCAUCGGCGUCGUCUCCGUCAUACUCGUCGGCGACCACAAGCUGCGCGCACUCGCGCUCCUCUCUGCGGCCGUCGCGGCCGCGUCGUCCGUCGUCUGCGCCUCGUCCGGCCGCAUGUACCACGCGGCCAUGUGGGCGCAGAUCGACCGGCGCGAGCUGGUCCUCGAUGAGGACGCCGACCGCGCGAGGCAGUACGGCUCGUCGGGGCUCGUCGACUUUGAGGGCACGAUCGAGAUCGACCCGGUGAUGGCGGCCAUGGCGCAGCUCUGUCCCGGUUGGUGA